AUGGCCUCCGACUUCCUUUCCAGCUUCCUCAACAAAUCUCUGCGCGUACACAUUCAAGAUGGGCGGAUGUUCAUCGGCACAUUGAAAUGUACCGACCGCGAGCAAAAUCUCAUAUUGGCAGUCACGCAUGAAUAUCGUGAGCCCUCGGAGCAAGAUCGUCUGCUUGCCGCGCAGCGUCAGGAAUAUCUCGGCUUGUCGGGCCCGGUCAAGGUCGACAUGAAGAAGCGAUUUGUCGGACUGAUUGUUGUGCCCGGGCAGUACAUUACGAAGCUUGAGAUUGAGGAUUGA